AUGGAUCAACAGAGGAAACGGGAGCUCCGCGGAUUAAAUGAUCGGGCGUGGGCUGGUGAAGAGGGCUUUUUCGCCGUCAAAAGUCCCCUCGAUUCAUCGUUGAAGAAGAACACCGCAUUUAUCAAGCGUCUCCGCACCGGCAUAACGGCUUCUGCGCCCUCCACGUUUAUCACCGACAUCCGUACCCUGUCACUUCACAAAUACCUUUCCGAAAUUAUUUCGGCGUGCUAUGAGGGUCUGUCCAAGCUGAAGUCUCCCGGGGAAGUGGCUGCUGGGGUGGAGAUUGUGAGCGCCUUGCACCAGAGAUUCGGGCCAAACGAAUUCACAAAGCAAAUUGGGUGGUUGUUGGGUCGUGGGUUGAGUUCGCCGGAUAAGUCGCAGCUCAAGGCUCUCAGCCAGGAAGUUCGUGAGCGUGAGGAAAAGGAACGAUUGUCGCGACACCGCGUCCUUCUUAGGGUGGUGACCGAGCUAUGGCUGGUGGGAUUUCUAAAAACUCUGGAUGACAUAGAACGACCGGACGAUAUCGGCGCCAAGGGGAAAGAUGGCGGUUCAGCUGCCGCAGGGAAAACCGCUGACGGGCCGUCGAAGACAAGGGCAGCAGGCAAAGGGGAUCAAGACAAGGAGGCCGAUCCGUUUCCUUUGGAGGUAUUGAAAGAUCUCUUAGGUUACGAUAGGGAGCACGUCAAUCUCCCACUUGCCGUUCUUUUUGUCAAGACCUUUAGCUGGGAUAUCCUAGGUGUCAGGUCGAUUGAGGAAGGUCGCAAAACCGUUGAUGCAGACGGUGCUACCGCUACGGCCGAGGAUAACGAAGCAGCGGCCGAGGAAACAGCUGCGAAACCAGACUCAUCCAUCGGGUCCCCGUUGAUAUCGGAGAAAUUGCAGUUGCGCUUUAAGAAUAUCCUUACACGGUACUUGGAGGAUGUAAAAGCUCAUGUGGCUCGCGAUCAAAAGGCUUUAGCCGCGCAGAACCGGCGAAAUGCAGAAGCUUAUGUCAAGAGCGGAGAGAUUUUCGAGGAUCGGCAAGCAAACUUUGAAAAGCAGUCUAAGACUCAUGAAAAGAUGAUUUCUAAUACUCAAAUAAUGUGUGAGGCUCUUGGGGUGGAAAUGCCAGCCUUGGCCGACAAGGAGGCUGCCGAUGCUUCAGCCAGCGGAGGAAUUGGCCUUGUUAAGACCGCCGAGUAUCUUCGUGGACAAGGUGAUGGAGCAGGUAUCUGGGAAGAUGAAGAGGAGCGUCGGUUUUAUGAAAACCUUGCCGACCUCAAGGGAAAGGUGCCAGCCGUGCUUUUGGAAGAUGGCAAGAAAAAGAAGGGAGAGGCCGAUGAGCAAGGUAAAGGACAAAAUACUACGGAGAAGGCGGAGUUACCUGUACCGGAAACGAAACCAUCUGUUGAAGCGGAUAACGAGUCCAUGGCAGUCGUGAACAAGACCGUCGGCGCACAAGUUGAUGCCCUUCUUGUCAAACUUCCUGACCUUCAAAACAAGGACCAGGUGGAUCAACUUGCACUGGAUUUUUGCUUUUUGAACUCAAAGGCUUCUAGGAACCGCUUGAUCAAGGCCAUGCAAGAUAUACCAAAGGGCCGGACCGAUCUUCUGCCCCUAUAUUCACGCUUGGUUGCUACUCUCGGACAGCACAUGCCCGACGUCCCGCAAGGACUGAUUACGUACUUGGACGAAGAGUUCAGAAGUCUUCAGCGUCGCAAACAAAAGGAGUUUCUGGGGCAAGUCCGUAUGGUCAAUAUACGAUACCUGGCGGAAUUGACCAAAUUUGGCGUUGUUCCUGAGCAUGUCAUCUUUCACUGUCUCAAGGUUUGCCUGGAUGACUUUUCUCGCACCAACAUCGAAAUCAUGGGCAAUCUCCUUGAGAAUUGUGGCCGCUAUCUGUUGCGUAACCCUGAAUCAUCUCCCCGGAUGGCAUCAUUCCUCGAAACCCUGGGCCGCAAGAAGACUGCCACCCAUCUCGGUCAGCAAGAACGUAUGAUCAUUGAAAACGCCAUGUACUACGUGGACCCUCCCGAGCGGCCUGCUAUCCGACAGAAGGAGCGUACGCCAAUGGAGUUAUAUAUCCGGAAGCUGAUUUACCUGGAUAUGAACAAGCGCAACUACACCAAGGUUUUGAAGGCCAUUCGGAAACUCCACUGGGAAGAGCAAGAGGUUGUUAGUAUACUCGAACGUGUCUUUAGCAGACCGAGCAAGGUGAAGUAUGGCAACGUCCACUUGUUGGCAAUACUUGCGAGCGCGUUGUACCGUUAUCAUCAAGAAUUCAUCAUUGGGAUAGUGGACAACGUGCUGGAGUCGAUUACGUUGGGACUGGAGCAGAACGACUUCAAGUUCAACCAGAAACGUGUCGCAGAAGUGAAAUAUCUUGGGGAAUUGUACAAUUACAAGAUGAUUGAUUCUCCAGUGGUUUUUGACGCUCUUUAUCGGAUUGUUGUCUUCGGACAUGAAAAUGGAACACCGACGCCCGGAAAGAUCAAUAUACUCGACAUGCCAGAUGACUUCUUCCGUAUCCGUCUUGUUUGCACCGUGCUCGAUACCUGCGGAGUUUGCUUUGACCGCGGGUCCGCAAAGAAGAAGUUGGAUUUUUUCCUCACCUUUUUCCAGUUCUACAUACUGACCAAGGACCCAAUACCGAUGGAUGUCGACUUUCUUAUCCAGGACACAUAUGCCUUGGUUCGUCCCCAAUGGAAGAUUGCCACUGAUCUUGAGGAAGCUGGUCAAUUGUUCAGCGAAGCGAUUGCGCAAAACUACAAGGCCCAGGAUGGCGAUAGACCUGCAGAGGCGGAUGAAGACGAGAUAGAGAGCGUUUCUUCUGAUGGCAAUGGUGAUGAAGGCCUCGAGGAGGACGGCAUGCCCGAUGCCGAAGACAUGCAGUCUUCAGCAGAUGAAGCCGAUCAUUCUCCUAAUCACGAGGAGCGCGAUUUUGAAUCCGAGGAAGAACAAAUUUUUGUAUCUCGUCAGGAAGAAGAGCGGGACCCGGAAGUGGAGGCAGAAUUCGACCGUGCAUUCGAGAAGAUGAUGACCGAGAGCAUUGAAGGCCGCAGGUUUGAGCGAAAGGCCAUGUUCGAUGUACCGCUCCCUAUGCGGCCGUCUCGUCGCGAGGCCGGGGGAGGUGACGAAAUUCCGGUCGAGGAGCCCAAGCCUUCGAAUACCAUGGCAUUUUCCUUGAUGACCAAGAAGGGCAAUCGGCAGCAGACACGUACUAUUGAGUUGCCGUCCGAUUCUAGCUUUGCAGUGGCGAUGAAAAGUCAACAACAAGCGGACCGUGAAGAACAACAACGCAUCAAGAACCUUGUCCUCAGCUAUGACCCAGGAGAUGCUGAACAAACCGAUGGUGAAGACGCCCUUUCUUCUGUUACCCAGGAACCCUUUUCUAUUCAGAGGAACCCAAAUACAAAGGCCAAAGCUAAGAAUUCUAAAGGUUUCGAGAAACGGACGACGCAGACCAGGAUGGAAAAACCGAGUCGAGCCCAAUUCCGCGCACGGCGACUUCAGCUUAGCGAUGUUGACUGGACUUGA